CGGGACACCACGUUUUCCGCUCGCGGUGGACUGGGAGCCUCAGGCCCGGCCUCAGCCCGGCUCCCGUGAGCGGCCUGAAAACCGAUCCCCCCCGCGGGCUGCGGGAAGCCGGCCUGGGUCCAGCAGGACUAGUUGCCGGCGGAGGAUUUGGGAGGCGCUGGCACCCCCACCCUGGAGAGGGGAGACUCUCCGGGCAGCAUUGCCGCGACCCCAUCCCCGCCCCCACCCCAAGUCUAGGGGCUUCGUGCAGUUUAGGCUCGUUGCCCCCAGAUUUCACGCUGGAGAUCCUAAAGACCCUCGAGAAAAGCCACGUCGGGGGCUGGUUCCCCUGGGGCUUCCUGCCGUCCCCCGACGGCCUGAUCCUCUGGAGCGUGCCCGACGUCUGCAAAGAUGUGGACCUGGACGUGCUCGUGGACGCCCUGAAGCCCGUGGGGACCUUUAAGAAGAUCGGCAAGGUGUUCCGCAGGGAGGAGGACUCCACGGUGGGGAUGCUGCAGAUCGGGGAGGACGUGGACCACCUGCUCAUCCCGCGCGAGGUCCGGCUGGCGGGGGGCGUCUGGAGGGUCAUCUCCAAGCCCGCCACCAAGGAGGCGGAAUUCCGGGAGCGGCUGACCCGGUUUCUGGAGGAAGAGGGCCGCACCCUGGAGGACGUGGCCCGCAUUAUUGAGAAGAGCACCCCGCACCCGCCCCAGCCCCCCCAAAAGCCCAAGGGGCCCCGAGUGAGGAGGAGAGUCCCGCAGAUGGCGACCCCGCCUCCCCGGCUGGUCGUGGGCACCUACGACAGCAGCAACGCCAGCGACAGCGAGUUCAGCGACUUCGAGGCCUCGCGAAAGCAGGGCGACCAAGGCCGCAGGGGCCCCGCGCGCGCCAGGAAGGCGCGCAAGAUGCCGGUCAGUUACCUGGGCAGCAAGUUCCUGGGGAGCGACCUGGAGAGCGAGGAUGACGAGGAGCUGGUGGAGGCCUUCCUCGAUGGCCCGGGGCUGCAGCCGUCCAAGGGGGACAGGUGGCGGGAGUACGUCAGCCAGGUGUCCUGGGGGAGGCUGAAGCGCAGGGUGAAGGGCUGGGCGCCCAGGUCCGGCCCCGGAGUGGGUGAGGCCCAGCAGGCCUCUGUCAGGGUGGGGAGGGAUGAGGUGCCAUGUAGCGCCCAUCAGGGGGACCACGUGGGGAGCGCAGGAGGUGGGCUGGUGCCCGAGGCCCCCCCACGGCGAUGGAGGCCCAAGAUUAAGUGGGCCUCGUUUAGGCUGCUCAGGAGGGAGGAAGCAGCAUCCACGGCUCAGGGGGCGGAGGCUGCAGCUGACCAGAGGGUGGAGGCUGUGGGUAAUCAGAGAGUGGAGGCUGCAGCUGAUCAGAGGGUGGAGGCUGUGGGUAAUCUGAGAGUGGAGGCUGCAGCUGAUCAGAGGGCGGAGGCUGCAGCUGAUCAGAGAGCAGAGGCUGCAGCUGAUCAGGGGGCAGAGUCUGUGGGUGAUCAGAGGGCCGGGGCCCCAGUUGUCCAGGGAGCAGAGGCUGCAUCUGAUGGGGCCGAGGCCAGAGCUGGCCAGAGGGCAGAGGCUUCAGCCGAAACUGCCACCUUAGCUGCCCCGGGAGCCACAGGAGCGACCCCAGGAGCUAGGGCCCGGAAACAAGUCAAGACAGUGAGGUUCCAGACCCCUGGGCGCUUUUCGUGGUUUCGCAAGCGCCAAAGAGCCUUCUGGCACACUCCCCGGUUGCCAACCCUGCCCAAGAGAGUCCCCAGGGCAGGCGAGGCGGGGGGCCUCAGGGUGCUGAGGGCCGAGGCCAGAGCAGAAGCGGAGCCGGAAGAGCAAGAGGACCUGCUGUGAGGUGGGCACGGAAGCCAGAGAGCCCCUGCCACCUGCCACCUUAUCGGCCACUCAGGGCGCCCCCUCCCCCGCACUUGGACAGAGAUGCUGUUUCUGCCUCCACAGGUGAACAAGGAGGUGGAGCUGGAGGUGGAGCGAGGGCCAGCAGCACCCCUCACAUCUCCACCUAACACCCCUUUUCUUGUUAAAAUGUUAUCUUUCGUGCAUUGAUUUU